AUGACAACAACGAACAAAAAUAUUAAUGAUCUCGAGGAUUUCGAAGCCUUUUUGGAGCCGGACUUUGAAAAGUUAGAGUUUGCUAAUGACUUGUUAUUGGCGACGAAUGAUAAUGCUGACACUGAAUUAGAUAUCGCUACGUCAGUCAAAAAACUAAAAUUUGAUAUUGAUGAAUGUGACAAACGAAUGAAAGCAAUUGCUUCGAGAAAUCGCAUUAAAUUAGUUUCUAACUUCUCACAAGUGCAAGCUUGCAAAUCAUUGAUGAAUAACAAUAUCCAUCCUUCGAUAGAAAGGGUAAAUGUUUCGUUCCAGAGAAUAAAAACUGAAAUUAUCAAGCCAUACGAGAAUGCAAUCAAAAUCAAUGAUGCUCUCAAAAGGAUACACUCAACAGUUUCAUUGCUAAGAGGGGCCACCUCUUUCAUAUUUUUGAUUCAACUGUUAGAAGACUUGGAAAAGUCAGUAGAUGAUCCAGAGAAUUUCAACAGUCAUAAAGAUCUUAUUAGGUUGGCAAAAUUGCAUUUACAAAUAUCAUUACUAUACAAGAGUGAAGACAAGUCCAUGAGGAAAAGUGACUUAAAUAAGCAUGGCCAUAUGGGUGAUCCAAGUUUAUUGUCGAUCAAGCUAAUUCGUGAGUACCGAUCUGUCCAAGAGUCUAAGAAGGUAAGUUUAACGAAUCGGUGCAAUAAAUUCAUUAUCAAUGAACUAAGUCAUUCAAGCUCUUUUAAUGUUAAAAAUGUGCCUUUGCAGUGCAAUUUAAUUGCGCUUUUUAUUUUAGAUAAAGAGCAGCUCUUUACCAUUUUAGAAAAAUCGACCAUUAACAAGCAAGUUCAGUUGUCAUCGUCUCAGUUAUCUAGAUCUCUACAGUCACCCAGAAACUUUCUGAUAGUUUUGACAGAAGUGAAAAGCACAUCUGAUUCAUUUUUAAAUACGCUAGAAGGGAUUCUUCUAAAUUGUGAUAUUUCUAAUAUCUCUGGCACAAACGUUGAUUCAAAGAAUUUGUUAGAGAACGCGAUAUCCCAUUUGAAAACCCCAAGCAUUUCUCUAUUAUACUGGGAGAACUUAGCAUUUAGACUUAAAAAAAGUAUUGCUGCUACUAUGGCGAGAGGAGGACCUAUUGCCCUGAAUUUAAAGUCACAUUCUGAUUCAAUGAAAUCAUCUAUUAUUGAAACAUUUGGAAGUCAGAGCGAUUCGUUUCUUGAUGCAAUUAGUGUAAUCCUGCAAUCGAUAUGA